AUGGGUGGCGGCUUCACUUGCGUUGUGGGCGGCUUGCCCUGGUAUGCCGAUCAACGAGACCUGGAUGGAUUCAUCCGGUUUGGAGAUAUCACCAGCGCCAAGAUCAUGCGUGACGAGAAGAACUUCCCAAUGGGCUAUGGCCUCGUCACCUUUAGCAGCGAGAGAGGCAUGCGCAAGGCCAUUGAGAAGAUGAACGGCAAGCCCUUGCCGGACACGGGCUACGAGGUCCACCUGCUAGACGUGUUUGAAGCAACACCGGGGAGGGACUCUUGGAGCUGGGACACGCGAGAGUGCGAGAGGUGUGGACUGCCCGGCCACUGCAAAAAGGAUUGCAACUCCAUUCCCCCUACCGAUCCAAAGCAUGUCUUUGCGGGAGAGCUCAAGCCCCACCCAUUCAGACCUGAGGUGCGUUAA